AUGGUGAGAAUAAUAAUAAUGAGCAGCAGAGUUCUCAAAUUCUCAAAACCCAAGUUUUGGUUGGCGACGCAGAGUUCUUCAUCAAGCCGUUGCUUCAAUUCACUAGCCCAAGCCCAGUCCAUACUCACUUCCUCUCUUCGUCAUAACCUCUUAACACGGCACACUACUUUUCAAAAUCAAAGCUUUCUUGAUCAAUGGAGAAGUGUUUCUUCACAUGCUCAGAUGGCUAAUUAUUAUCAAUCUGCGACGAUUGAGUCAUUUGAUGCUUUCUGUAAAGAAGGGAAAUUUAAAGAAGCCCUUGAAGUUGUUGAGACUUUGGAGGACGAGGGAUAUGUUGUGGAUUUGCCUAGGCUUUUAGGGUUAGCUAAACUAUGUGGUGAAGCAGAGGCUUUAGAAGAAGCUAGGCUUGUUCAUGAUUUCAUCACUCCUUUAGAUGUUAGUACUUACCACACGCUGAUCGAAAUGUAUUCCGGUUGUGGAUCCACUAAUGACGCCUUGAAUCUGUUCGGCGAAAUGCCUGAGAGAAACUCAGAGACUUGGUGUGUUAUGAUGAGGUGCUUAGCGAAUAACGGAAGAGGUGAACUUGCAUUGGAUAUGUUUACGAGUUUCAAAGAGGAAGGGAACAUACCCGAUAAGGAGAUGUUCAAAGCGGUCAUCUCUGCUUGUGUUUCGUUAGGAGAUGUUAACGAAGGGUUAUUGCAUUUUGAAGCUAUGUACAGAGACUAUGGUCUCAUUCCUUCCAUGGAAGACUAUGUGAGCGUAACGGAGAUGUUGGCAGCUUGUGGUUAUUUAGAUGAGGCAGUGGAGUUUGUUGAAAGAAUGACAGUGGAACCGAGUUUCGAAGUGUGGGAGACGCUGAUGAAUCUUUGUUGGGUUCAUGGAGAUUUAGAGCUAGGAGAUAGGUUUGCUGGGUUAGCGAAGAAACUAGAUGCCACAAGAAUGAACAAAGAGUCAAAUGCAGGUCUUGUAGCAGCAAAAGCAUCAGACUCUGCAAAGGAGACACUAAAGGAAAUGCGACGUCGUCGGAUGACGAUAAAAGAGCGGAUGAAUGCUUCGCCACCUGGGUUUAAAGAAGGAGAUACUUCACAUCCAGAGAGUGACAAAAUCGUUGCUGCAUUGAGGAGUUUGAAAGCGCACAUGUUAGAUAUGGGUUUUGUCCCUGCGACUCGAGUUUGUUAUGAAACAGUGGAAGAAGAGGAAAAAGAGGAAAAACUUCUUCUUGGAUGCACCAAGCUCGCCGUAGCUUACGCAUUGCUUAAAUCACAUGCUCGGAAUACAGUAACUGUUAUGAAAAACAUCCACACCUGCGUUGAUAGCCACAAUACAUUUAAGAUGAUCUCAGUGAUCACUGGCAGAACACUUAUACAGCGAGAUGAAAAGAGAUUCCACCAUUACAGCAACGGUGUCUGCUCCUGCAGAGAUUACUGGUAAGCUCUAUGGUUCUUCAAAACCUAUCAUCUACCUCAACCUCAAAUCCUGAUUGAACUCAGCUUGGUAGAGAAGUUUCUUCAUUAAGUUUUUUUAGCAACUUUCUAGAAUGUGACUGAAUGUUUCUUUCCUAGUUCACGGUAGU